CGCGCCCUAUUACGACUGCGUGGGUGGCUCGCCUAUAAAAGCCCGUCUUAGCGCGUCUCGUCGCCACGAUCUCUUCCUGUUCUUGGUGCGUCUGUUGUGGCUUCUAGCUGGGACCGCAGUGGCCGUGAAGAUGGCGUCUACCAGCCGCUUGGAUGCUCUUCCAAGAGUCACGUGUCCAAACCAUCCAGAUGCGAUUUUAGUGGAGGACUACAGAGCUGGUGAUAUGAUCUGUCCAGAAUGUGGCCUGGUUGUAGGUGACCGGGUUAUCGAUGUGGGGUCUGAAUGGAGAACUUUCAGCAAUGAUAAAGCAACAAAAGAUCCAUCCCGAGUUGGAGACUCUCAGAAUCCUCUUCUGAGUGAUGGAGAUUUGUCUACCAUGAUUGGCAAGGGUACAGGAGCUGCAAGUUUUGACGAAUUUGGCAAUUCUAAGUACCAAAAUCGGAGAACAAUGAGUAGUUCUGAUCGAGCAAUGAUGAAUGCUUUCAAAGAAAUCACUACUAUGGCAGACAGAAUCAACCUCCCUCGAAAUAUAGUUGAUCGAACAAAUAAUUUAUUCAAGCAAGUGUAUGAACAGAAGAGCCUGAAGGGCAGAGCUAAUGAUGCCAUAGCUUCCGCUUGUCUCUAUAUCGCCUGUAGACAAGAAGGGGUUCCCAGGACAUUCAAAGAAAUAUGUGCCGUGUCACGAAUUUCUAAGAAAGAAAUUGGUAGAUGUUUCAAACUUAUUUUGAAGGCAUUAGAAACCAGUGUGGAUUUGAUUACAACUGGGGACUUCAUGUCCAGGUUUUGUUCCAACCUUUGUCUCCCUAAACAAGUACAGAUGGCAGCGACACAUAUAGCCCGUAAAGCUGUGGAACUGGACUUGGUUCCUGGAAGGAGCCCGAUCUCUGUGGCGGCAGCGGCCAUUUACAUGGCUUCCCAGGCAUCGGCUGAGAAGAGGACCCAAAAAGAAAUUGGAGAUAUCGCUGGUGUUGCUGAUGUUACAAUCAGGCAGUCCUACAGGCUAAUCUAUCCUCGAGCCCCAGAUCUGUUUCCUACAGACUUCAAAUUUGACACCCCUGUGGACAAACUACCACAGCUGUAAAUUGAGGCAGCUGAUGUCAAACUCUUCUGAACACUGAACUUGGCCUGUUGUACAUAGCCUAUACCAGUGCUGGAUUGAGCCUCUCUUUCAUAAGGAAAAACAAAAGACAUGGUACGCAUUCCAGGGCUAAAUAGUAAUUGCUUGGCAUUCUGUAUGUAUAUACUAGUGAAACCUAUUUAAUGAUUUAAAUUUCUUAUUGAAUUUGCUUUCUUUUGUAGCAAUCUAGGAAGCUGUAUUUUGGAAGAUAUUUGAAAUUAUGUAAUUCUUGAAUAAAAUGUUUUUCAAAACUAAAGUUUUUGUUAUAAUUACAUGGUAUAUGUAAUUUAUAAUAUAAUUACAAAUAAUGCAUAUCAUUGCAGCUAAUAAAGCUGAUAGAGGUC